UUGCAAUUCUCUAGGGGUGAUUGUGAGAGUAUAAAAUGGUAGUGAUAUAGGAAGAAGACACGCAAUUGAGACAGCGCAAGGCCAUGGAGGAAACGAGGCCACUCAAACUCUACUUCAUUCAUUCCCUAGCAGCAGGUCACAUGAUCCCACUAUGCGACAUAGCCACCCUCUUCGUCUCUCGUGGCCACCAUGUCACCAUCAUCAGCACCCCUUCCAACGCUUUAACUCUCCGCAAAUCCAUCCCCUCCCACCCCUUCCUCCGCUUCCACACCUUUCAAUUUCCCUCCCAAGAAGUCGGUCUCCCCGACGGCAUCGAAAACAUCUCCUCCGUCACCGACGCUGACCAACUCGUUAAGGUCAUGAACGCCACCACCCUGCUCCAAACCCCCAUCCAGAAUUUCGUGGAGGAAAAUCCACCUGAUUGCAUCGUCGCCGACUUUCUAUUCCCCUGGGUUCAUGACUUGGCCAACAACCUUAACAUCCCCAGACUUGUCUUCAACGGCUUCUCCCUCUUCACCGUCUGCGCCCUACACUCCUCCUCUCACUCUUCCAAUUCUCUUCUCAGUCCCACCCUCCCUCACUCCAUAACCCUCAACGCAUCACCACCGAAGGAGUUGGCCGAAUUCCUUAAUAAGUACCUGGAGAUGGAGCUCGGAAGCUACGGCCUAAUCGUUAACAACUUCGCGGAGCUCGACGGAGAAGAAUACAUCCGCUACUACGAGAAAACGACGGGGCACAAGGCUUGGCAUCUUGGGCCGGCCUCUCUCAUACCAAGAACCCCUGAAGAGAAAGCAGAGAGGGGCAUGAAGAGCGUGGUGAGUAUGCAUGAGUGCGUGAGUUGGCUUGACUCUAAGGCGGAAAACUCGGUGGUGUACAUAUGCUUUGGGAGCCUUUGUCAUUUCCCGGAUAAACAGCUUUACGAGAUUGCAUGCGGGAUUGAAGCGUCAGGUCAUGGGUUCAUAUGGGUGGUGCCGGAGAAGAAGGGGAAGGAGGAGAGUAAGGAAGAGGAGAAGUGGAUGCCCGAGGGGUUUGAAGAAAGGAAUGCAGAGAAGGGGAUGGUUAUCAGGGGGUGGGCUCCACAGUUGGUUAUCCUGAACCACCGCGCCGUUGGAGCAUUUUUGAGUCAUUGUGGGUGGAAUUCCACCGUGGAGGCUGUGAGUGGUGGCGUCCCCAUGAUUACUUGGCCGGUGCACGGAGAACAGUUCUACAACGAGAAGCUGAUAAGCGAGGUGCGGGGAAUUGGGGUGGAGGUGGGCGUAGCUGAGUGGAACUCAAUAGGGUUUGGUGAGAGACAGAUGUUGGUGUGCAGAAACAGCAUUGAGAGAGGUGUGAGGCGGAUAAUGGACGGUGGCGAUGAAGCGCAAGAAGUGAGACGGCGUGCACAAGAGUUUGGGAAAAAGGCGCAAGAAGCUGUUGGAGAAGGAGGUUCAUCUCACAAGAAUUUAACAGCCCUCAUUCAUGAUCUUACGCGGCUCAGGGAUGCCAAGCUUCUCUCCUAGCUUAAUUACCAUUUUUGCCAUGGACUUUUCUUUAGCUUUCUCGUUCUUCAAUGGUCGCAUUGCCUCAGAGAAAGAAAAACAAAACAAGGAAAAAACAUAAUAUAUUUUACGCAUUAAUUCAA